AUGACGUCAUCAAAACUGAUGGACGCCGGACUAGCAAUCGACAAAUUGGGGGCUCGAAUCCCUCGGUCGGGCAUUUUUUCCAAUUUUUCACAAAAACCCAGAAAUUUCGGCCUAACAGUGGUACAAAUAGCAGGGUUUAGACUACCGGUCUUAAGCAAAGACAAGCCAGGCCUACAAGGUCCAUUCCAAUCUCCUUCCCUUUUUUCUGUAGUCAGCCACAGUCCGCAAUACCACAGUAUUUUUAAGCAUUGUUUGGAAGCUUUCAGUGUUAUAUGGGAAGCUCACUUCCAACCUAUAUUUAAAGAAGUUCCCAUUGUCAACAACCAAUCCUUUAAGCUCAAGGGCGAGAAAUUGUUGAUUGCAGUUGCAGCAGCAGCAACAGCAGCAGCAACAGAAAAGAAAUUAAACACAACCCGACUGAUAGCUCAGUUGUUAGGACGCCGGACUAGCAAUCGACAAAUUGGGGGCUCGAAUCCCUCGGUCGGGCAUUUUUUCCAAUUUUUCACAAAAACCCAGAAAUUUCGGCCUAACAGUGUCAGCCACAGUCCGCAAUACCACAGUAUUUUUAAGCAUUGUUCGGAAGCCCUCAGUGUUAUCUGGGAGGCUCACUUCCAAAAUAUAUUUAAAGAAGUUCCCAUUGUCAACAAUCGAGUUGCUGCAAUUUCCUUUAAGCUUAAGGGCGAGAAAUUGUUGAUUGUAGUUGCAGCAGAAGCAGCAGCAGAAGCAGCAGCAGAAGCAGCAGAAGCAGCAGAAAAGAAAUUGAACGUUAAACCAAGAGUAGCUCGACAUUGGGUGAAGGAGUGUGACGAAGAUCCAAAAAGUAUUUUUUGA